UUUCGCCAACGGAGUGCACGUAGUUGUGUUCGAUCUUCUCCGGUGUCACUACUAGAUAACAUCUGACAUUAAUGAGACUAGUGUGUCAGGACUCAUAGUUGAGAGCAGAUAUAAGUCGAAUCAAGCAACCUUUAGAUCGCCUCUGCUUACCAGUGCUUUGCUAGCUCUCUGUUCACAGCAGCGGGGAGACGACAUGUCCGAGUCCGGCCACAGUCAGCCCGGGAUGUACGGCCAGGGGCGGCGGAGGAGGCGCCGCCGCGGAGAGAGAGACGUCGGAGCUCCGGGACAAAACCUGUCCGGGCCGAGCCGGGACAGAGAAUUCCAACCGAGAGAAAGAAGGGAUGGGAGUGAGGAUCCUCCAGGUCCACCCAUCCAGAAGACCCCCAUCAUUCUGGCCAAGCCCCCCGGGGAAAGGGCCAAGCCACUUGCCAAUACAUCUGUCAGCGGAACUCCGGUCCUGGAGAAGCCAAUCAUGCUGAUGAAAGCCAGGGAUGAUGGAACAAAGACGGGGACCCCUCCAGAGGCGGCAGCUCAGCCCUCUGGCCUCGGGCCCUCCAAGAUAGAGAGAGAGGGGCAGCGACCCACUCAGCCUGUAUACCAGAUCCAAAACCGAGGAAUGGGUGCUUCUGCAUCCAGCAGCGCUGUGGACCCCAUGGUUGGCCAGUCCAAACUCCUCCCCCCAGAGAAGAUGAAGCACAGCAUUAAGCUCGUGGAUGAUCAAAUGAACUGGUGUGACAGUGCCAUGGAGUAUCUAAGGGACCAGACGGAUAUGUUGGUGGUGGGAGUAAUUGGCCUUCAGGGAACUGGGAAAUCUACAGUGAUGUCACUGAUAUCUGCCAACACCCCUGAGGAAGAUCAACGGAGUUAUGUAUUCAGAGCCCAGACUCAAGAAAUCAAGGAAAGAGGAGGGAACCAAAGCACAGGGAUUGACUUCUUCAUCACUCAGGAGAGAGUCAUCUUCUUGGAUACACAGCCAAUGCUCAGUCCAUCUAUUCUGGACCACCUCAUCAACAACGACCGGAAGCUGCCCCCAGAGUACAACCUCCCUCACACAUACGUUGAGAUGCAGUCUCUUCAGAUCGCUGCCUUCCUGUUCACUGUUUGCCAUGUGAUCAUUGUGGUUCAAGACUGGUUCACCGACUUAAACCUCUACAGGUUUCUUCAGACCGCUGAGAUGCUGAAGCCUUCCACUCCGUCUGCAAGCCAUGACAGCGCUGGCUCUUCAGGCAAUGAUGAUGGAGCAGAGUACUAUCCUCAUAUAGUGUUCCUCCAGAAUAAGGCCAAGCGAGAUGAUUUCUGCCCAAAGAAUCUGAAGAACAUGCAUAUGGUGGUGGAUAAAUUAAUGGCCCACUCCCAUCUCAAAUACAAAGGUACAUUGUCCAUGCUCGACUGCAACAUCUUUCCUGGCCUGGGAGCGGACUAUCUGUCACCUGAGGUCAACAUGUUUCUUCUUCCUGUGCAGGAGAAUGAUGGGGAGGAAAAUCUGACUAAAGCAGGGCCGGGGACAUACCCGCUCUUUUCCCUGCUCCCGGGCUACAGAGGACACCCCUCUUUCUCCACCAUGGUUUUGAAACUUCGCAGCCAAAUACUGACCAUGCCCCGCUGUCAGCUGUCCCACACCAUCCUAACAGAGAAGAACUGGUUCCACUAUUCAGCCCGUAUCUGGGAUGGGGUGAAAAAGUCCUCAGCGCUGUCAGAAUACAGUCGACUGCUCUGCUAACACCUUGGUUGAACUGCUGUUAUAUGCAUUCCAGGUGGAACCUCGUAUUUCCAGGUUUCAGGUCACUUAAAGGGAAAUGUGGUCCUGAAGUAGGGACCAUCGUUCGGGCCCUUCAGGGAGUGACUAGAAGCUCGUCCGUGUUGAAGAGUUGCACGCAACGCAGGAGGACACCGCCUUCUGUAGACGGUGGCGAAAAAUACAAUCUGCAGACCCUUGAUGCACGGAGAGUCAGAAAGGGGUCUCUUCCUGCCCCAGGAUGUGGGUAAAAAGAGCACACAUUUUUUUUGUAUAUGUCUAAGCAGGAUGUGGUAAUAUUUUUUUUGCAAGCCAUAAUUCACAAUGUUGUACCUCCAGUUUUGAUGUAUUGGUAGUGUCCACGUUUUCUGAGAUAAAUCUGCAGCCCUCUGUAAAAUUUGUAUUUUCUUUAAUACAUCACUAUAAGAGUAAUAGGCAGUUAUACAUUAAUAAAAUGAUACUUCAGCUCAA